CCCUGCUGUGUGUUCGCUCGUAUCAUAUCGUAAUGACCUGGAAAGGAGGUUGCAGAGAUUGAGGUUCGAACCAUGCGGACCCGAUCUCGUCAGCCUCACGCGCCAGGAACCCUGUGGGCAAAGGGAUGAGACAUGGUCGUUCGAAAAGACCAUGACGAGCAUUCUGGGGAAAUUAGAUAAUAUAACUCGCGUGCAAUUCCAACCUCAAGUUUGAUAUCGCUUUCUCUACGAGACUACUCACCCCAAGAUUGUACCGGCGUCAUUUCAUUCGCAUCAAGGAUGAACGAUCCUUACCUCUCAGCCUGGACCACGCAGUAUACAAACUCCCCGGUUACAGCAACAAUGUCGAGUACGUUUGAGAAGACGCGUCCGCGUCGCAAGGCGCGGCGCUCGUGCAUGAAUUGCCAGCGUGGACAUAGGACAUGCGAUAACCAACGCCCCUGCGAGCAAUGUACGAAGCGCGGAAAGCAGCAGACGUGCAUCGAUGGGAAUCACAAGCAGUUCAAAUAUUUGCGCGACUCGGAAUACCAGCCGACAAGACGGAGGAGGAGUCGCGAGGAUACUGGCGAGGCCUCCGAAGGCAGUUCGCCCGAGUGUAUUGACCCAGGUCUGCUUCAUGCGCAGCCGAGUCUUGCGGCGGAGGGUAAUGUGGUGGCGAGACUGCUCAGGGAGCAAUCGACUUGCUCGUCUCCAUGUUUGCAAACCGUGCGCAACAAUCAGCAAGCUAUCCAAUCUGGUCAACAGCAACAAGCCAGAUUAGACGAACCUCGGAGUCCGGAGGAGGACGUCUUCGAGGAUAUUCUCGCCGAAUUACUGGCCUACGACACGACUAAACCUCCAUCCUUUCUCAGCAUGCCGGCCUUCGAUGACCACGAGAGCAAGUCGAAUGGAUUCAGUAUCAGUACGGGCUGGUCGAGUACCUUUUUUCCGCCCACGGAGUGCGAGGUUCGAUUACGUUGAGGAUCGUUGAGGAUAUUUUCUGAAACCAUGGUGUGAACUAGUUGCUGUUUACCGUCAUUUUUCCUGUUAGAUUUAGCUUUGCGUGUCUAUACCCUUUGAGUAGCGUGUCCACAGGUUUUCCUCCGAGUGCCAAAUGCAACUGUUCUCCUAGAAACAACUACGAGUACUCCUUCUACAAUCCGCGUAAUCCCUCCAUUCCGCUCGCUCCGCCUGUAACAAAUCGCAUCCGUCCAGCACCAUGGCAGUGUCCCCUCAAGCGCAACAAAACUCUAUCCAAAGCUGCAAACCUGUAGAAACUGCGUAACAACUUCCGAUCGACCGAGAUGAGAGCACGCUCGUCAGCCUAGGUCCAUCCUGUCGCGCGUCCCCAACGAAC